AUGCAGUCCUUGUAAAACAUUAUGGGCAGUGCGUCACCUUCCGGAUCUCAAAGUUGGUCCGAGUUGACGGCUUCUGUUUUUCCCAUGACUUAUGAGACCACUUUGUUUUCUCAUGGAGCACGCAGCGCCAACAGGUCGGGCUGCAUUCCCCGUCCCGUGACUUCUGAGAUGUUCAGGUAACCAGACACGUCGACACCCCAUGCAGAACCAGAUGUGCGGGGUGGGACGGCCGCAGACAGACGGAUUCUCACUGGACUGUGACUGGCACACUUCAAUGACUCGCAUCUGGGGGGAAUCACCUGGGCAGGGACGGUGGAGAAGAAAAGGGGUGUGACGGGCGAGGGCGUGUUGGAUCAGCGAGAACAAAAGCACCAGUAAAACUCGUGACACUCUUUUCACUUGGACCCUGGUUGGCCCCUUCCACUGUCCCAGCACCAGUCCGACCCCAAGGGCCAGGGAAAGGCCUGGUCCCUGUCCGUAGGAGCCACGUCGAUGGUCCGUAUUCAAGAAAAAUAUUUACUCAGUAAACAUCCUAUCAUCCGAGGCGUGGCAGGACAGCACGGGCUCUGAGACAUUUCGUUUUGCUCAGCGCAUGGAGGAGCCAAAAUCGGCCCUUAGGGGCCUGAACGAAAAGCUGAAGGGGUUUCUGGAGCACAUGAACCAGUUGGAAAAGACCAACUGCGAACUGGAGGAGCAGAUCGGCGAGUGGGGAAUGAGGAACGCCGCUCAUCGACGGAGCUGGAGCGACAAGGAGGCGCUGGCACAGGAACUUCGGGCUCAGGUUAGCAUGAUGCUAAUGGAAAAUGCAGAGGUUUUGCUCCAAUCCGAUGCAGUGAAACUCAGGGCAGCACAUUUAAAGAGCAGGUGUGAAACUGAGGAGAAACUCCGUCUCCUAAAGGAACAGGAGGUCUCACGGCUGAAGAUGAAGAAGAAAGAGGUGGAGACGGCCAACACACUCCUGGAAAAGCAGCUUUACGAAUCCCAAAAGGAGUUGCAACAAAUCAUAGAGGAACAUGAGAGAGAGCUGGAUCAGCACCAGCGGCGAGCAGUAGAGGAGCGUGAUAAAGUGCUAGCGCAGGUUGCUGCAGGAGAGGAUGGCAGAGGAAUGGAUCUCUGCCGGACUAGCACCCAGUGCGACCACUCGAGCCCAGCCCAGAGCAGCCCUGAUUCAGCCAUCCCACCAAAUCCAGCCCCAGGCUCCUGCCCCGCUUCACAGACAAGGCCCCGAAAAGAUGCAACCAGCCCUACGGCUGCGUUUCUGCCACAGGUGAGAGCAGGUGACGAGGUCCUGAAGAAGGCACGAGCCGAGCUCAAUGAGGCCCGAAAGCGAUGGCAUCGUCUACAGGUCGAGAUUGAAUCGCUAAAUGCCUUGGAGAGGAGUCUCAAAAGCUCCCUACACCACACUCAGCUCCAGUACUCCGUGCAACUCAAGGAUCUGUCCCGGUCUGUGAGGAGUCUGGAGUCUGAGCUGGAAACAGUGCGGGAUGGUCUGGAAGUCCAGAGACGGAACCACAGCCAGCUCCUCAACACCAAGAUGAGGCUGGAGAGAGAGAUCGCAACCUAUAGGAAACUCCUAGAGCACGAGGAGGGCAGGUUUCUGACCUCAGAUGUUCAGUCUCGAAAGCUGAAGCCAUGGAAAGGGUCAAUUUCUUCUCUUGAGCAGAACGGACUACCCAACGGAUGUGAAGAGGAUAUUCCUGAGCCGUUCUUCACUGAGAGACAGCAGAGUCUUGUCACCCUGACAGAACCAGUCAGAAAUAAAGACGGGGAGAUCUGUACUGUGAAGACUCAGGAGAUUCUGGAAGGAAAUGUAGUGAGGGAGAGCGCAGAGGGUCACGGAAAAGUGGAGACUGAGAAGAUUGACAAGGUGAUCCGGCAGUGGGAAGGCUCAUUCUUUAAAGGAAAUCCCAAGCUGAGGAAGAAGUCCGUGUCUCUGCGUUUCGACCUUCACAUGGCUGUUGCGGACGAGGGCUGCAGCCAAAUGAAACAGGACAGUCUCCCUAACGUGGAGGUCCGUCUGGUCAUGAGACGGUCUCGCAGCAUACCCACCUUUGCGCAGUGAUGUCACAACGCUACUACACCACAACUGUGACAUCACCAUGCUACCACAUCACGACUGUGACCUCACAAUGCUACUGCGUCACAAUUAAGUAGUGGUGACCACGUCUCUAUUUCUCAGCAGCUAAUGAAAAGUGAACCACUUUAGUGACGUCAUAGAACUUUUGCCGUUUGAGAGGGAAAAAAACGUCAAGUCAUCAGUAAAGUGUUCGAGAAACAGAAAGUCAGAUUGAUCUUAUGAUUGUAAUGAAUUAAGAACAUACGCCUGCUUUAAGAAACUGCAAGCAAAAUUCAUUUGUAAUUGAUUUAUUUUUCUUCAAACUGAGGUCUUCGGAAAUAAAUGGAGAGUAUGUA